AUGACGAGCUCCGGAUGGAACCUGAUUCGCAGUAAACCCGGUUUUGCGGCUAACGAAGAGCAAUGGGUUGGAACGAAACAGCUUGGAGAGGGUGGACAAGGCUGCGCAGGCUUGUUCAUCAAGCGCGAUCCAACCACACAAAAAAUCAUCGAACGUAUGGUCGUCAAGGAAGUCGAGCGUGAAACAAAGCUGGGCUUGCAAGAAGGGUCGAACAUUCCGAGGGAGCAGUACAUGAGCAUGAUAAUGCCAAAGGAUUCGAAGAACACGAUCCAGAUCUGGGGGCAUCGACUUUUUCCUGAGAGGAAUGUCCUCCGAUUGUACAUGGAGUUUUGUCCAGGGGGUGACUUGAAGAGACUUCUUGAACCCUAUAAAGUACGUUCGCUUACCUUCCCCGAGCCGUACCUCUGGAAGCUCUUCCAGGAUCUUGCUCGAGCUGUGCAUGCCAUGGAUAAUCCAUCUGGCCAUGGCUUGACAGGAGAUGAAUCUGUUGCUCACAUUGAUUUCAAACCACGCAACAUCUUCCUCUGCUUGCCCGAUGAAGAUAACUUUCCGAAGUACCCUUGGGCGAAGUUGGGCGACUUUGGCGGUGCAAUGAUAUGUUCACCCCAAGAUACUCAGGAAGAACACUCAAAGAAGGUUGACAGCACUGCUGUGUCGAUGGGUUAUGUUGCUCCUGAUAGAGAACGAUUCGACAGAAACAACGACGCAAAUAACAUCCCAGCGAGGGACAGAAUCCCUGGCAUCAGGCUCGAGGACAUACCCAAAAGGGUGACUUCUGCCACUAAUGUUUGGAACGCUGCUUUGAUCAUUGCGGAUCUGAUGGCUCCACAGCCUUUCGUUCCACCGAAGUUUCGAUCCCAAGCCUACAAUCUUCGCGAGAGAUGGCUUGAUAACUUUAUCAAUCAAAGAGACACCCAUCCGAGGAUGCAGGGCUACAGCUCAUUGCUCAAAGAUACAGUCAUACAGUGUCUUAACUUCAUUCCCAGUCAAAGGCCAACACCGACAGACCUCCUUGCACGAGUCGAUCAGGGCGUGAAUUUGCAUUCUGGUGUUAUGCGGACCAAGGCCUGUCUCGACAAUGCAAAGUACAAUGGUCAGUACGAUCUUGACCCUAGCAUCCUAUUCGAGGACGACUAUCCUGUUACACAACCAGAGGACUGGGACAUGGACAUGGACAUGGAUAUGGACUCUCCAUCAACAAAGUCGCUCAGCAGAAGAAAGCCGGCACCUGUCACGCCUCACAAACCAAAGAACCCGCGAUCAAUCACCACGAAAGCAGGCGCGCUUCGAGACACGCCAGGGCAAGUUUUUCUGCUCGGUCCAGAUGCAGGGCGCUCUGUACAAGACUUCUUUGAUCCUGCUGCAGGUUUCGAGAAAGUUGAUCGAUCUGUCACUCGACCUGACUUCAUUGACGAGGAAGGCCUACGCCAGGCGUUUGAGGAUGAGAUGGGUUGA